UCUCAACUCAGCUGUAGUUGUAGAGUAGAAACUGUGACUUGAUACAGCCUUUAAUGUUUCCCUCCUCAUUACUUUCAGAAGGGAUGUUUUAGUUGAUGGUAAAGAGAAGAAAAGCUCUUUGUAAUUGUGACUAUAUUAAUGCUUGUUACGUACAUAAGAUGCAUCAGUGUCAAGUAACUGAGGAUGUUGCCUUGUUGAUGGUAUUGUGUGGAUAUACAAAUUGUGGAGUGGGAGUUUCUUGUCAUAGUGCCCGCUGUGAGUUUGUUGACUAAAAAAUUGAAAAGGCAUUGACCAGCUGUCCUCAUAUAUUCAGAGCUCCAGCAGCAGGUGUGACCUGCUAAACACAAAAAGACUCCAGCUUCAAUAUUUAAUGAGCUCUGAAAAAUUCAUCACGGCCAGCUUUGUUUUUCGCCACAUGUGUGUCCACUUCAUUUGAAUGGAGCAGGUGUCUGCAAGCUGGGAGGAUGUUUGUUUUCUUUUUUGUCCGAAUAGAUGCUGGAUCAUUGCCCCCAUUUUAUUGAUUCCAUUAUACACAUUACUACAAAGUCCGCCUGUGUCUGAAACCUCGAAUAAAUCUCCUUAGCAGCGUUUUAAUCUGUCGGGUGCACACUCCACAGCAGUAAGCUCAGGUGACCAGGUCAGAAAAGAACCUGAUAGUGAGUUAAGCAGAUUAACUGAGAAACUGCUGAUCGAACAGUUUCCCAGCUGCCAUGCAUAGGAAGUUAAUACUAUGACUACAUCACACGUCUCAUUGAGGGCUUUCCGACGUGCAAUGCGAAAAUAUCUCUGUGACGUCAGAUGGAUUUGCUGUCACAAGAAAAGAAGGUAAUUUUUUUAGACCUAAAUGAACCACAAACAAGAUCUUCUUUUCAUAUAGGCUUCGAUGUUUUGUUGAGCUAAUCUGUCCAUGUGCCAGAGAAAGAAAAGGAGCAGCAGUCUGUGAGUUUGUAGACUCCUCUCAGCUGUAGCAUGUGCUCUUGUUGUUGUUGUUAGACAAGAAGCAGGUAGGCUGGUGUUUGCCACGGGUGUAGUUUUAAAUUAUAUGUUGCUAACGUGAUAGUAAACAAAGGAUAUUUUUAUUUAAUCAACUAUUCAGGAGACCAUUUUUGCCUUUGUUUUAUAAUUAGAGCUGAGCUAAUUUCUUUGGUGUUUUCGUGUCCUUUUAAUGGCACAUUGGUAGUACUGUAAGCUUUUCCUCGUUGUGUUUGUGGGUCCCUUUUUGAUAUGUUUCAGACAAAGCCUUGGGUUGGGUACUGUAGGAAAUCUGGAGAUAAACAAACUGAAACUUUGUGUGAAGCUGAUCUCCUUCCAACAAUACAGCUUCCUGAAAAACAAGCUUUGGCAGACUCUGUUUUUGCUCUGCACAGAUAUGCUGCUAAAGCUACAGAUAAGCAGCGUCUGACACUCCCUUUCAUUUGAGCUAGAGAUGCCUGAGACUGAAAAUUAGUGGUCUUUCAGCCGACUCGGAGGAAGCACUUCUAAUUGUGUUAUAAAUCAUGUCCUUUGCUUUCACAUUGUUUAACUAUAUGAGGCCAUUUGCUGCCAUUAUCUUCUUAAAUCCAGAUUUGUUUUUAGAAGUAAAAAAACAACCGGCUUUUUUUAGUAAUCUCAUUGUUAGGAGUAGAGAGCAUUGAGUUUAGCCAUAUUGUCCUACUGCUAGGAUAAUCAGAUUGUCACCUCCGCCAAGGAGGUUAUUUUUACACCAGUUUGUUCAUGGGUUGGUUUGUUUGCUGAAGGGUGUUCCAUGAAAUGUGGUGGAAGGAUGUGAUAUUGGUCAGGGAAGAACCCAUUACAUUUUUAUUGCCUAUCCAGGAAUGAACUCUGUUAAGUGCCAUUCUAGUUUCUUAUAAUAAAAAGAUUGACUUUUGAGAACCAACUCACAAAUCUGAACUGCCAGACCAUCUGUAAAUAUUCAUCUGUGUUAUGAAGACUGAAGAAAUAUCCUGUCCCAACUGCAGCUGGUCAUCAAUGGGCUGAAACAUAUACAACUCCUAAGCAACACAAAACAUUUAAACUAUUUCUAUCACUAAUUCAAGGCUAAUAAACAGAGUAAUGAUCAAAUGUGUCCUUCUGUUCUUUGCCUCAUGUGACUGUAAAAAGAACCCACUUUAUUUUGAGGCAUGUCAAAAGGAUGUGAGAUCUACCAUAACAAAGAAACUCUAGCUGGAGCCAUUGUUCUCUGUAUGUGGAAGGAAGUAGCUAAAGAAUAUUCCCCGGUUGAAAGCCUUUGCUUAGAAAGAGGUCCGGUCAGUUGGCCGCUCGUCACAGCCACAGAGGAUCUGUUUCUCCACAGCUUCUUCAACUUUGGCUUCAUUACUAUAUUUGGACUCUUGACACAUUUGAGCCCCUCAUUUAAUAUUUUUCUCCACCAGUUCAAACCAGACUCUGCUUCUGUUGUCUGUAGGAUGGAGGUCUCCUGCCUGGAGCUGGCGCUGGAGGGUGAGCGGCUCUGUAAGGUGGGCGACUACAGAGCGGGGGUCUCCUUCUUCGAGGCUGCCAUCCAGGUGGGCACAGAGGACCUGCAGGUGCUCAGCGCCAUCUACAGCCAACUGGGCAAUGCCUACUUCCACCUGCACGACUACGCCAAAGCCCUGGAGUUCCACCGGCAUGACCUCACCCUGACCAGAACCAUCGGGGACCUGCUCGGGGAAGCCAAAGCCAGUGGUAACCUUGGCAACACAUUAAAGGUGCUGGGGCGGUUUGAUGAGGCUGUAGUUUGCUGUCAGAGGCACUUGGACAUAGCCAGAGACAUGAGCGACAAGGUGGGUCAGGCGCGAGCUCUGUAUAACUUUGGGAACGUUUACCACGCCAAAGGCAAAAGUAUCUGCUGGAGCGGAGCUGAGCCUGGAGAAUUCCCAGAGGAGGUGAUGACGGCACUGAAGCAGGCAGCUGAGUUCUACGAGGCCAACUUGGCGAUAGUGAAGGAGCUUGGAGACCGGGCCGCCCAGGGUCGGACGUAUGGGAACCUCGGCAACACACACUAUUUGUUGGGAAACUUUCGCAAAGCUGUGGCUUCUCAUGAACAGCGCUUGCUCAUAGCGAAGGAGUUUGGUGACCGCUCAGCAGAGAGACGCGCUUACUGCAACCUGGGGAACGCCUACAUCUUUCUGGGAGAAUUUGACGUGGCAGCCGAAAAUUACAAGAGGACACUGCAGCUGGCCAGGCAGUUGAAAGAUCGAGCUGUGGAGGCCCAGGCCUGCUACAGUUUGGGCAACACCUACACCCUUCUCCAGGACUACGAGAGAGCCAUAGACUACCACCUCAAACACCUCAUCAUAGCCCAGGACCUCAACGACAGGAUUGGGGAAGGCCGUGCUUGCUGGAGUUUAGGAAAUGCUCACACUGCACUGGGGAACCAUGAUCAGGCCAUGCACUUUGCUGAGAAGCACCUGGAGAUCUGCAAAGAGACUGGAGACAGGAGCGGGGAGCUGACGGCCCGUAUGAAUGUGUCCGACCUCCAGAUGGUUCUGGGUCUGAGCUAUAGCACAAAUAACUCCACCUUCUCAGAGAAUAAAGAUAUAGACUACAACCAGCAUGGAGCGAAACCCAGGAUGAGCAGGAGACACAGCAUGGAGAACCUGGAGCUGAUGAAACUCACUCCAGACAAGAUGAAUAAUCAGAAGUGGAACAGCGACAUCCUGACCAAACCGCCCAAACCCUCAUUGGCUAAGAGCACCGCCAAGCUGUUCUUUGUCAAUCGUCUCCGCGGGAAGAAGUACAAGGCCGGAGGCUCCAGUAAGGUCCUCCAGGACACCAGCAACACGCUGGAAACCAGUCAGACGUCUGCACAGGGACCUCAGAAGCGACUGAGUCCUGACAUGCUCGGAGACGAGGGCUUCUUUGACCUGCUGAGCCGUUUCCAGAGCAACCGCAUGGAUGACCAGCGCUGCUCUAUACAGGAUCAGGGCAGCAGGGUGUCGUUAACCGGCGACCCGGAGCAGCCUCCAAGAACCAUCAGGAAAACUGUGACAGAGUCUGCCAACAUCACGGUUGGACAAGGCCGGCGGUUAGAGGAGCCGUCGGCAGCGGGGGGGAGCCUGCCCGGCCUCCGGCUCCAUCAGAACAGCAACCAGGCCGUGCUCAACCACUUGAUGGCCAACGCAGACAACGCUGAGGCUGACGACGACUUCUUCAACAUGCUUGUCAAGUGCCAGGGGUCCCGUUUGGAUGACCAGCGCUGUGCCCCUCCCCCCCCUCCGGUCCGAGGGCCCACCGUACCAGAUGAGGACUUCUUCAGCCUCAUCAUGCGCUCCCAGGCCAAACGGAUGGAUGAGCAGCGCGUCACCCUGCCCUCUGGGCCGAGCGCCAAGGCCAGGCCCCCCUCCAACUAAGCACUAAAGGGACAGACAGGCUUUUUUCUGUAAAUCUCAUGUAGCAGUGGACGAUAUUGUGGGGUGGUCGUUCAGGAGAAAGCUGUGUCUCUCUUUGUAUUCCUCCAUUUGGACAAAACAAAGCACUGUCAGCAUUAUAUGUAGAAUACAGUAACACUGAGGACUUGUUUUGCACAACUCCACAACAGCAACAAACUCAAUCGUAUCAGGGACACGUGUUGUUUUUUAUUCCAUGUUUUUCCUUAUUCUGUGCCCCUGCAUAUUUCACUUCACGUGUAUUUUUCAAUACACAACUUCAGUUUGUAUUUAUUGUACUAUUUCUGAUCGUUAUGAUUCUGCUAACUGCCGUCCCACCACUAUAAAGUCAUGUGGUUAUUCUCAGAGUGAACGCUGAGGUACAGCACUCUAUCCAUGUUUUUUGUUUUGUAUGUGAGGACUUGGUUUUAAAGUUACCGAGGUCAGACAGGAAAUGAACAAAAACUAUUUGAACAAGCUAUGAAUUUAACCCGUGUACAGCCCGAACUUUUGUACUAAAUGUUUUGAGUGAGGAUGAAUAAAGCCUCAUUCCUGUA